AUGAAAAGGAAAAAUCUAAACUUAAAAAGCUAUAAUUUAGAUGAAAUAUCUAAAUCAAAUAGGAAACCUUGGUUUCAUCGUUCAAAAGGCAGGCGACAUCGUAACCAUAAUAAGAAGAUUACUUCAUCACAAACAUCUUUUACCAGCGACAGCCCUUCUGAAGACACACAGGCUGAUAUAUUUACACAGACACGUAUGGAGGAAUCGAGUUCAGAUAGAUUAAAUACAGAAAGGACAGAAACAAGUUCAACGCAGAGUUUUACAGAAAGGAUACGACUGUACAAAUCAAUACAUGACCCACCAAAAACAGAAAGAUCCCCGCACCAAUACCCUGUACCAGAUAUCUCUUUCGAAUGA